AGCACGCGUGGCGCCGCUCGAGGCGGAGGCGCGCUGUUUUCGGGUCUCCGCGCGGGUCCCUGGCGCGGAGUGGGGUCGCUGCGGCGCCGGCGUCAUGUCAGAUAACGAGGACAAUUUUGAUGGUGACGACUUUGAUGAUGUGGAGGAGGAUGAGGGGCUGGGUGACUUGGAGAAUGCCGAGGAGGAGGGCCAGGAGAACGUCGAGAUCCUCCCCUCUGGAGAGCGACCACAGGCCAACCAGAAGCGAAUCACCACACCGUAUAUGACCAAGUAUGAGCGAGCCCGUGUGCUGGGCACCCGAGCCCUCCAGAUCGCGAUGUGUGCCCCUGUGAUGGUGGAGCUGGAGGGGGAGACAGAUCCCUUGCUCAUCGCCAUGAAAGAGCUCAAGGCCCGAAAGAUCCCCAUCAUCAUUCGCCGCUACCUGCCAGACGGGAGCUAUGAAGACUGGGGGGUAGACGAGCUCAUCAUCACCGACUGAGCUGGAAUCAUCUUCUGACUGUGCCUCAUCCUAGUUUCUAUUUUCACAUUCUUUAUACAUGUAAAUAAUAAACCGUUCAACCUUUCA